UAAACAAGCUUGUUUGGUGGUAUAAAAUAUCCUGACAACAGCAGGUGAUGGUAUCUAGUCGUUAGAAUGAAUCAAAGACAUACAGUACCAGGUUAAUUCAAGAAAAUGGGAUUCUCUCAGGAUUCCGCGCGAGCUUAUUCUCCGUUCACGCACACUGUUUGGAACGUUGCGUCAUGACGUCUCUCCUGUGACCAACGGUCGCGUUUGCUAGCAAUAGCUUGCUAACUUGAUGGAAGCAGAAACCGGAGAAUAACCUGUUAAAUGUAAUUUUUCAAAACGCUUACUGGCUAAAUGCGACUAAAUUAAGCCAGCGACAUUAGUACGACUGGCUUUGGUUGUUGAAAGUCACUAAUCCACCCAGAGUCAUCUUCCUCAAACACAGCUGGAACAAUGUCUUCGAUUCCACACGGACGUCCCUACAAUGAUACUCACAAGGACACUACCUCCUUGGCCUGGCUUUCAAUAUGUAAACAAACCGAAAAAGAUCACAAUAAGCCAUCUUUUGGCUGCACAGACAGAAGCAGAAGUGUUUCUGGUGAAGGUGCAGACCACAAGAAGCCUCCUCCAGGUUCAGGUGCUGCUAAAACUCCAGAACCAGGCAGAUCGGAUCAACCCAAGUACACAGCAGAAUCAGCUACUGAGAUCCUCAGCAGGUUUGGACUCGACAAGGACGACUUGGGAGAGCUCAAUGCUUACUCUGAGGAUCAGAUCACCCCUGAAAACCUGAAAUACAUCCUGAUGCAGAUUUCCAAUAAUAAGAAGAAAAGAGCUGCAGAGAAAUCCUCUGAAUCGCAGCCCAUUAUCGAUCUAAAGAGUGACUUGCAUAAAACUCCCAUAAAGUCAAAUAAAGUUAUUGAUUGCGGUGAUUUUGGAAGUUGCGUUGCUAAAAAUGAGACUGGAAAAAAUAGCACAGAUAAGAGUAGAGGUAAGCCACUGGUGGAAACUCACAAACCCAGUGAGGACCAGCUGCAAAGAUGUGUGUUAAAGGGCAAAAGUAGAGAUUUGGACUCUAAAACAAGCCACAAGUCUGAGAUUAGUGAGCAAAAUAAAAUGGUUUCACCCAAACAUAAACCUGAUGAGCCUAAACUUUGCAAACCUCUUCCUCCAAAGCAACCAGAGUCCACAUCCAAAUCAACCAAACAUAGUAAAGCAGAACAGAAGAAUUCCAACAGCAAGGAAAGCAAAACUCAGAUAAAAAAAACAACGGUUGCUGGGCAGAAUAAGAAAAGUUCAGAGAAGAAAAACUCCGAGGUUCAGACUGAGCUGAAACGUGGACAGCAAGGACAGGAUAAGUCAGUGAUGGAGACUAAAUUUAAGGGGUCAUCUUCUAAAAAUGAGACUUCACAUGCCGUAAUUUCAGCCAAACAGAAACUCAACGAGCCUAAACUCUGCAAACCUCUUCCUCCAAAGCAACCAGAGUCCACAUCCAAUCCCAGUAAAGCAGAACAGAAGAGUUCCAACAGCAAGGAAAGCAAAACUCAGAUUAAAAAAACAACGGUUGCUGGGCAGAAUAAGAAAAGUUCAGAGAAGAAAAACUCCGAGGUUCAGACUGAGCUGAAACGUGGACAGCAAGGACAGGAUAAGUCAGUGAUGGAGACUAAAUUUAAGGGGUCAUCUUCUAAAAAUGAGACUUCACAUGCUGUAAUUUCAGCCAAACGGAAACUCAAUGAGCCUAAACUCUGCAAACCUCUUCCUCCAAAGCAACCAGAGUCCACAUCCAAAUCAUCCAAUCCCAGUAAAGCAGAACAGAAGAGUUCCAACAGCAAGGAAAGCAAAACUCAGAUUAAAAAAACAACGGUUGCUGGGCAGAAUAAGGCUGAGCUGAAGCGCGGACAGGAUAAGUCAGUGAUGCAGACUAAAUUUAAGGGGUCAUCUUGUAAAAAUGAGCCUUCACAUGCCACAAUUAGAGAUUGUAAAGGAAUCUCACCAGAAUCCUUCCCACAUUACUGUUCGAUAUGCAACAAGGAAAGUCGUGACAUACAUGCUUGUUGUUCCCACAUGAAGACCACUGAUCAUCGUGAGAAGUGCAAAACCCUAUACCCAGUCUUGUUUAGUGAACAACAAUUCUCCAGAAUAGACUCAAUCUGGAGGCAGUGUCAGGAGACGGACAAAUACAAGAGUGAUUCUCACAGCAGAAACGCUUCCCGUUCCAGAAGUCAAGAGCGCCGUCACAGAAGAGACUCCAGUUCUCGUUCACCCUGCCACAGAAACGCUUUCCGCUCCCGCUCCAGAAGUCAUGGCCACCCACACAGAAGAGGCUCCAGUUCUCGCUCACCCUGCCGGAGAAACCCUUCCCCUUCCAGCUCCAGAAGUCAUGGCCACCCACACAGAAGAGGCUCCAGUUCUCGCUCACCCUGCCGGAGAAACCCUUCCCCUUCCAGCUCCAGAAGUCAUGGCCACCCACACAGAAGAGGCUCCAGUUCUCGCUCACCCUGCCGGAGAAACCCUUCCCCUUCCAGCUUCAGAAGUCAUGGCCGCCCACACAGAAGAGGCUCCAGUUCUCGCUCACCCUGCCGGAGAAACCCUUCCCCUUCCCGCUUCAGAAGUCAUGGCCACCCACACAGAAGAGGCUCCAGUUCUCGCUCACCCUGCCGGAGAAACCCUUCCCCUUCCAGCUCCAGAAGUCAUGGCCACCCACACAGAAGAGGCUCCAGUUCUCGCUCACCCUGCCGGAGAAACCCUUCCCCUUCCAGCUCCAGAAGUCAUGGCCACCCACACAGAAGAGGCUCCAGUUCUCGCUCACCCUGCCGGAGAAACCCUUCCCCUUCCCGCUUCAGAAGUCAUGGCCGCCCACAUAGAAGAGGCUCCAGUUCUCGUUCACCCUGCCGGAGAAACCCUUCCCCUUCCCGCUUCAGAAGUCCUGGCAGGCAUCACAGAAGAGGCUCCAAUUCUCUCUCACCCUGCCGGAGAAACCCUUCCCGUUCCCGCUCCAGAAGUCAUGGCCGCCCACACAGAAGAGGCUCCAGUUCUCUCUCACCCUGCUGGAGAAACCCUUCCCGUUCCCGCUCCAGAAGUCCUGGCAGGCAUCACAGAAGAUGCUCCAAUUCUCUCUCACCCUGCCGGAGAAACCCUUCCCGUUCCCGCUCCAGAAGUCCUGGCAGGCGUCACAGAAGAGGCUCCAAUUCUCUCUCACCCUGCCGGAGAAACCCUUCCCGUUCCCGCUCCAGAAGUCCUGGCAGGCGUCACAGAAGAGGCUCCAGUUCUCCCUCACCCUGCUGGAGAAACCCUUCCCGUUCCCGCUCCAGAAGUCCUGGCAGGCGUCACAGAAGAGGCUCCAGUUCUCGCUCACCUUGCCAGAGAAACCCUUCCCGUUCACGUUACCGAAGUCCUGGCCGCCUAUACAGAAGAGGCUCCAGUUCUUGCUCGCACAGCCCGUUUCGUCAACGCCGUAAAUCCAGGAGUAGAUCAAUUUCCACCUCAGACAGUUUUAGGUCUGAAGACAGGAGAGACAGGAGCAGGAGCCCAUCUAGGUCUUCCUACAGUUAUAGACAAACCCUCAGGUCUCGAUCUCGUUCUCCACGGUAUUAUAAGUCCGCCUCCUGUCUCCUCCUGGACCACCUUCUCCCUCCUGGGUCCACCUCCUCCCAGGGGCCAUCUCUCUCCUCCUCCCAGCAGAGAGGAGGACCAUCUCUCCGUGGAUCAACACUCCUGGAAUCACCUCUUCUCUUCUGGGACCACCCCUUCCCUCAUGGGUCCACCUCCUCCCAGGGUCCACCUCUCUCCUCUUUCCAGCAGAGAGGUAGACCACCUUUCCUGGGACCACCUCCUCUCUCCUGGGUCUCCAGACCUUCCUCAUUCAGUAGGAAGAAAGAGGAGCUGCCCUCUCCAGGAAUGCCUUCCAAGAGACAUUCCUUGCUGCUGCUUUCACCCAAAAGCAGCAGCAAGAAUACGCCGUCAACAAGCAAAAGUGGCAAAAAACAAACGUCCGGGGAGACAUUGGUCUCUCAGGAUGAGAGCAGUGCAGAGACACUGGUGAAGAAACUGCUUCAAUCAUCAGCUGUCCAGUCUUUGUCAAAGCAGAUAGAUGUAGAGAGCCUUGUGAAAACUCUUACUCCGGUUUUCCUGGACCAGUUCAACAAGUUAACCUCAACAGCCGGAUCAUCAGAGGCGCCUCAGACUAAAAGGACAGGCAGUUCCCCACCAAAUCACGAGUCUUCUGGAGCCCAGAAGCCUCCUGUGACUUCAGCAGAGCAGAAAACGGCUACAGAAAUGAAAUCUGAACCAUGGAACAAAAUUGAAGCCCUAAAUGUGAAGGAGAAACCAAAGAAUGAAACUGAGCUAAAAUGUCCGGCGAUCACACCUGCUGAAAGUAAACCAGCAUCAAUCGAAAAGCCGGCACCGGUGAUUUCCUCAGAUGAUCUGACUGUUGGGGAGAAGAUAGAAAAAUGCUUUGACCCCAAACUCCUUUGGCCUGUUAAAUUCACAAAUUCCAUUUCAGCACCACAACUCUUGAUAACCAACCUUCCGAACUAUUACGACGGCUGCUACACAGAGGAUGAUAUAGUUGAUCUCCUCCGUCCUUUUGGAUUUAAGAAGAGCUCUAACAUUUAUGUGAUUCCUCAGAAACAACUGGCUAUUGCUUUCAUGCCACACGUGAAAGGGCUAAAGGAAGCGCUCACACAGUCUAGAAGCGGCAUGUUUUUCAAAGGAUCUAAACUAUGCCUGCAGGCUUGUAGCGCAGUGGCUAAUUGGAAAUCCUGCAAGUCUACAUCGCUUUGCCUUUACGAAGCUUUGAUGCGGUGCUUAAAACAUAACAUGACUGAUAAUGGAGAAAGUAUAAUCCGCAUUCAUCACAUCUCACCAAGCGAGACCCGCGACCUCCGGACGGCUCUGAGGAAAAUCGGUUCUGUAAGGAACUUCCUGCCUCUGCUCAACAAGGUUUUUGUUGAGUUUGAGUCGAAGCACGAUGCAGAUCGGCUCGGAGUUUGGUACAGCUUCCUGAAACCAGGCCGUAAACACAACGUGGAAAGGCUGACACUAUUUAUGGCUGCCAGUAUAGCUCUGUCCCCCAAACGUCCUGCUCAGGCUCUGCCGGAGGCUAGUGAUGCUGUUGCUACUGCGAGGAUCCCUAUUGCCAACGGUGUCAUUAAAGAUUGUGCCGUUCCUCCAUUUUGGGUCACAAUGUCAACGGCGCCGUACAUUUUUCCCACUAUGUCUCCGUGGUUCCACAUCCCUGCUUUCCAGACAGUGAAAGAAAUCAGCGACAUAAAGAAAGCUCUCCCUCAGGCCUCCCAGUUCUCCACCGUCAUGCUGACUGGUUUCCCUCAAUCGAUGAAGAGACUAAAUCUUGUCACCCAUUUUUUCUCGAGUUAUUUCAGCAAAGGUGACUCACAGUCUUUGAAAAUCUUGCCACUCCAGAAGAGGGCCUUUGUGUUUUUCCCUUGUUGGGAUUCUUGCCACAGUUUUGUCAAGGGUUACUGGUCUCAUAAACCUUCUCGCAAAAACUUUGCUCUCAAAGUCCACUUGGUCUUAGAAGACAUGGAUCCAGGAGUCACUGAGGAGACGAUGUACAAGAGCCUGAUGAGAUGGAGCAACGCUCAUGUUUCAGAGCCAGAGUCCCUCAGUCAGAGGCUGAUAUGUGUGUCUUUCUCUGCCAUCUCCCUGAGCAUCAUUCAGAGCUUUCUGAUGGCAGUCAGAUCCAUCGCUCCGUUUGUCAACUACCUGGUCCUCGCUGAAUGCAUCUACAUAGAAAUGUGUGAAUCCAGCGGUGCAGCUCAGGUGUUGGACUUUCUGUUAAACCGACUGUCUGAGGAAGAGAAGAAGAAGAAUGAUUGUGACCAGAAGAAGAAGGAAGGCUUUUGGAGGAAGCUGCAAAAUGUUUACCUCGUGCAGAGGCAGCUCUCAGCAGGGGGCGCUGUUUCAGGAAUGGCUGAAGCUCCACAUGUUGACGGAGCUCCAGGUAAGAUCCAACCUGCUGGUGUUCAGGUUGAAGCUGAAUCCUGUGAACAGCAGCAGACCGAAGCAGCUGAGGAAGAGGAUGUUGGAACAGAUUCAGCCGAAGAUCGGACUGAAAACAAGAGUUACACUCAGCAACGCCAAACUCCUGCAGACAAGUUGUCUAAAGAGGAAGGAAAGCGGGAAGAAGAGCUGAUCGAUUGUGCAAGAGAUCAGGAAGACAAACAAGACAAACUGAGUGAAGAAGAAGAGACACCAGCAGAGAAACAGAAAACAGCUGGUAAAGAAUCUGAGACGAGAGAAUCUGCAGCAAAAGAGGACGAGACGUCCAGCAGCGAAGACGGUGUGGUAGGGGCGGGAAAUAAAGAAGAAGAAGAAAAGGAGGCCUCCACAAAGCCUGAGCAGGAAGUCGGAGCAGAAACUCUGAGAUCUGCUGGCGGCUCGGAUCAAAGCAGCCCAGCUUCAGGUGAUCUGGAGGAAAUGAAGGAGACGGAAAAGGAAGUGACAUCAACUAGAAAAAGAGGCCGACCCAGGAAGAAACCCAGAAAUAUUCCUGUGAGAAAAUCUGCUGGAGUAAAACAUGAGGGCUCCGAAGAAAACGGAAAAGAAGAAGAAGAAACCAAAUCACUUCCUGGUGCGUCGCUGGAUUCUUCUUCUGCUCUGUUGGGGGACGUCAAGACGGAGACAGAUGAUGAAACUGCUGAAGUUUUAGAUCAGAGUAUGAAUGCUGCAGCAGCAGGUGAUCUGGAGGAAAUGGAGGAGAAGGAACAGGAAGUGGCAUCAAUAAGAACAGGAGGCCGACCCAGGAAGAAGCCCAGAAAGACUCCUGUGAGAAAAUCUGCUGGAGGAAAACCUGAGAACCCUGAAGAAAAUGGAGAAGAAGAAGACAAAUCACUUCCUUGUGCAUCGCUGGAUUCUUCUUCUUCUGCUCUAUUGGGGGACGUCAAGAUGGUGUCAGAUGAUGAAGCUGCUGAAGUUUUAGAUCAGAGUGUAAACACUGCAGCAGCUGGUGAGCUGGAGGAAACGAAGCAGACGGAACAAGAAGUGACAUCAACCAGAAAAAGAGGCCGACCCAGGAAGAAACCCAGAAAGACUCCUGUGAGAAAAUCUGCCAGAGGAAAACUUGAGAACCCUGAAGAAAACAGAGAAGAAGAAGACAAAUCACUUCCUGGUGCGUGUCUGGAUUCUUCAUCUUCUGCUCUAUUGGGGGACGUCAAGGCGGACUCGGAUGAGAAAACUGCUGAAGCAGCAGGUGAUCUGGAGGAAAUGGAGGAAAUGGAACAGAAAGUGACGUUGACUAAAAAAAGAGGACGAUCCAGGAAGAAACCCAGAAAGGCCCCUGUGAAAAAAUCUCCUGGAGGAAAACCUGAGAACUCUGAAGAAAACAGAGAAGAAGAAACCAAAUCACUUCCUGAGACGGACGGUGAAGGUCCUGACAGACAGAACCUGGACGGACGCUUGGAGGAAGAGGAGGAUGAAGGACGGUGCAAGGCCGACGGCGGAGGUUUGGAAGAGGAGACAGUUCCUUUAGUUUUAGAUCAGAGUGUGAACGCUGCAGCAGCAGGAAAUCUGGAGGAAAUGGAGGACACGGAACAGGAAGUGACAUCAACCAGAAAAAGAGGCCGACCCAGGAAGAAACCCAGAAAGAUUCCUGUGAGAAAAUCUGCUGGAGGACAACCUGAGAACUCUGAAGAAAACAUAGAAGAAGACAAAUCACUUCCUGGUGCGUCGCUGGAUUCUUCUUCUGCUCUGUUGGGGGACGUCAAGACGGAGACGGAUGAUGAAGCUGCUGAAGGUCCAGACAAACAGAACCUGGACGGACGCUUGGAGGAAGAGAAAGAGGAGGACGAAGAAGCUUGUAAAAAACAAAGGAGGUCUCCUUGUACCGCUGCUGAUUUUAUCCUGCCUCCUUUCAACCCAGACAUCUCCUUUGGCGAGGAGUUCACUGCUCGUAAACUGGGAUAUUUCUGUUCCCUCUGCUCUGCUUUCUACGUGCUGAAGAGCAACGAGGAGGACACUCACUGCUGCAGCAGAAAUCAUUACGACAACCUGCUGAAACAUUCGCAGAUGAAAGAAGAGCAACCUUCAUCGCCUCCAAAAAGGAAAACCAGAAGCUCUCGAUGAUCCUGUUUUUAGUUCUCCUUGUAAAAUGUAUUAAAACUGUUCAACUUCUAGUCUGCUUUAAUUGGGCAGCUCCUUUUUUAAACUGUGAAUUUAUUUAAAUGUUUUUUAACCGAUUCAUGACGAUGAUUCCCUUCAUAAUCAACGUUUCUAAACAUUUUUUUUGCCUUGAUUUAAAGGAACUAAAGGAACUCAGCAGUUUUCUGGCAGAUCUGUGGUGCAUAGAAGCUGAAUGCUGCUUCUCCAUGUUUGGUUCUGGGGAUGCAGGUUCAGGGAACCAGUGUAGGAACUUUAGAACUGGGGUGAUGUUUUCUAUCUUCCUGGUUUUAGUCAGAGUGCCAGCAGCAGCAUUCUGGAUCAAAUCCAAUUGAUUUUCUUUAGGUAGAUGCAAAGCUAAACACGUUUAGUUUUGCUAGCGGGGACAUUAGAAAUGUUCUCCAUGUGAUAGAAGGCUGACUUUGUAAUUAUCUUUAUGCGUCUCUGAAUAUUCAGAUUAUUCAUGCUGUCAUCUUUAAAAAGCUGUAAGUGACGGGGGAAAAUCAACACAGCCUUCAGUUACAUUUGGCCUGAAAGCAGGGCUUUUAUUAUCAGUUGCAUCCACCUGUGUAAAUCUUCGCCCACAACAGGAAGUCAAUAAGAUUCAACACCCACCCUUUUUCUUGUGUUGACAUAAAAAUACAUUUACAUUUCUCUUUUUUUUUUCCAUUUACAUACCAAAAACAAAACGCAAAUUUGUCCAUUCUCAUUUUAGUCACAGGCUUUGUUAAAGUAUCGGCUGCCAUUUCUGUUGAACAGUAACAGAGUUAUUUUUCCAUCACUGAGUGCUGAUCGAACAAAGUGAUAUCAAAUGUCAAUGUGUUUGCACCUUUGGUGAUAGACUGGACUCUCAGGAAGAUAAAAGAUACCUUUAUUAGAUGUGAAUAUUUUUAAGGAUAUUGUACAUUCCAUUCAUGCCUUGUUGAAAUGUGCUACACAAAUAAACUUGACUUGUAAUAACUGAAGCUGUGUACUGACUCUGGAUAGACAAAAUGUAAUAUUAAAAUAAUGAACAUUGUGUACAAA